AUGAUUUUGAAAAAGCCAAAAACACUUAUUCUGCAAGAACAACGAGAGAAACAGCAAUUGGAAGCUUCUGUUAAACCUGAUCGUCCCAAGAGAAAACGUACUGUCGCAUCGUACCGUGUUGAGGCUUCGAUCGAUGACGAGACCGACUCGGAUUUCGAUGAGCACGAUGCCAAACGACAAAAGGCAAAUGAAGCUGUUCGCAAAAUAUUAGGCGAUCUAUCCAACGCCUCUGCACGCUGCUACCAACCUCUAGCUCGCUUACCUAAACAUUACGAUCCUUUAUCGGUUCUCAACAAAAAAUUCAAAAUCCCAAGCAGCAUCAACGGAAGCCAGUCUGUCGAUGACUCUUCAUUCGGUGUACGUCGCACGCUUGGUAUGCGACGUCGCGCCGGCGUCUUACGCGCACUUCACGAUCAUACCGCCGAAAAUGCUUUGGUUUUAUGGGACCCUGCCGAAGAAGAAGUUCCCGAACCCACAGAACAGGACGAAAAGAAAGCUUCCACCGGUAAACGAGAGAAAAGUCUCUCUGACAUCCUUGGUCUGAAGAAGCAAGAGACAAAGAAAGUUCACGUCGUCGUCGACCCUGUACUUGCCAAAGUGCUGCGGCCGCAUCAAAUUGAUGGUGUCAAAUUUUUAUUCCGAUGCACGACCGGCAAAGUCGAUCCAAAUGCAUAUGGGUGUAUCAUGGCCGAUGAAAUGGGUCUAGGAAAGACUCUUCAGUGCAUUUCCCUCGUAUGGACCCUUUUGCGUCAGUCCGGCGAGUUGGGCAAACCUACCAUUAACAAAGCCAUCAUUACUUGUCCAUCAAGUCUUGUUCGUAACUGGGCGAACGAGUUUGUCAAAUGGCUCGGUGAAACGCGUGUCCGCCCUUUAACGAUCGACAAUGCUGGCAGCAAAGAAAAGAUUAGUGCUAUCAAGCGAUGGGCUGCAGCCCAAGGACAGCUCGUCAAUCCAGUCCUCAUUAUUUCAUAUGAAACCCUGCGCUCCUAUACAAAGUACUUGAAAAAAUGUCCUGUUGGCCUUUUACUUUGUGAUGAAGGCCAUCGACUGAAAAAUGGAGCUUCUCUCCUGUUCCAGGAAUUGAACAGUUUGCAAGUACGACGACGAGUCAUUCUUUCAGGAACACCAAUUCAGAACGAUUUAAGUGAAUAUUAUUCCCUUCUUGAUUUUGCGAACCCAGGUUUGCUUGGUACCACCAACGAGUUCCGUAAAAAUUAUGAAAAUCCUAUUCUUCGCGGUCGCGACGCGGAUGCCUCCGAUAAAGAGCGCCAAAUUAGUGACGAAAAGGUGGCCGAAUUUUGGGCCAUUGUAUCCAAGUUCACCAUUCGUCGCACAAACGAUAUCCUCAGCAAAUACCUUCCUGUGAAAUACGAACAUGUCGUCUUUUGCAAACUUGCGCCGCUACAGCAAGAACUUUACAACAUAUUUCUGACUUCUCCCGAGAUCCGAGGUUUACUGCGAGGACAAGGCAGUCAACCGCUCAAGGCCAUCACCAUGCUCAAGAAACUGUGCAACCAUCCUGCAUUGCUUGAUUUGCCCAAUGAACUUGAAGGAUCCGAACGUAUUCUGCCUCCCAAUUAUCAAGGAAGCAACCACAAAUCCUUUACUGUCAAUUCGUCAUAUUCUGGAAAAUUCAUGGUCCUGGAUCGAAUGCUGGCCAGAAUCAAGAACGAAACAAAUGAUAAAAUCGUACUCGUCAGUAACUAUACCCAAACACUGGAUGUAUUUGAAGCUUUUUGCCGACAAAAACAAUAUGGCGUUCUCCGAUUGGAUGGGUCGAUGAAUAUUCAAAAACGGCAGAAACUUGUCGAUCGUUUCAAUGACCCAGAAGGAGAUGAAUUUGUAUUUCUACUGAGCAGCAAAGCAGGUGGUUGUGGAUUAAAUUUGAUUGGCGCCAAUCGUCUGGUAUUAUUUGAUCCAGAUUGGAAUCCUGCAGCCGAUCAACAAGCGUUGGCCCGUGUGUGGCGAGACGGGCAACGCAAAGAUUGCUUUAUUUAUCGCUUCAUCGGUGCCGGCACAAUUGAGGAAAAAAUUUUCCAGCGACAAUCCCACAAGCAGUCGUUAUCCAAUUGUGUAGUCGACGAAGCCACUGAUACCGAACGCCACUUUUCACUUGCAGACAUGCGUCAGCUUUUCCAAUUGAAUACAGCAAGCGAGUGCGAAACUCAUGAUACAUUCAAAUGCAAACGCUGCAUUCAAGGCAAACAACAUACACCCUCACAGAAUAUGAACUACGGAGAUGCUAGCACGUAA